AUGUCCUGUCUUUCAGUCUGUCUCUUUUUCUGCAUUUUCAUUCUCAGUCUGUGUCUCUCUCUCCCUGUCCAUUUAUCUCUUCUUGGAUUUCCUCUUUCACUUCAUCUCUCUCAUGUUCUCUCCUUUAUUUUAUCUCUUUCUCUCCUUUUCCUCAUGUUCCCUCCUUCAGAUAGUCUGUCUCUCUCAUUUUGUUCCCUCCUUCAGAUCGUCUGUCUGUCUCUCUCUCUUGUUUUGUUCCCUCCUUCAGAUCGUUCUCUCUCUCUCUCGUUUUGUUCCCUCCUUCAGAUCGUCUCUCUCUCGUUUUGUUCCCUCCUUCAGAUCGUCUGUCUCUCUCUCGUUUUGUUCCCUCCUUCAGAUCGUCUGUCUCUCUCUCGUUUUGUUCCCUCCUUCAGAUCGCCUGUCUCUCUCUCGUUUUGUUCCCUCCUUCAGAUCGCCUGUCUCUCUCUCGUUUUGUUCCCUCCUUCAGAUCGCCUGUCUCUCUCUCGUUUUGUUCCCUCCUUCAGAUCGCCUGUCUCUCUCUCUCUCGUUUUGUUCCCUCCUUCAGAUCGUCUGUCUCUCUCUCUCGUUUUGUUCCCUCCUUCAGAUCGUCUGUCUCUCUCUCUCGUUUUGUUCCCUCCUUCAGAUCGUCUGUCUCUCUCUCUCGUUUUGUUCCCUCCUUCAGAUCGUCUGUCUCUCUCUCUCGUUUUGUUCCUCCUUCAGAUCGUCUGUCUCUCUCUCUCGUUUGUUCCCCUCCUUCAGAUCGUCUGUCUCUCUCUCUCGUUUUGUUCCCUCCUUCAGAUCGUCUGUCUCUCUCUCUCGUUUUGUUCCCUCCUUCAGAUCGUCUGUCUCUCUCUCUCGUUUUGUUCCCUCCUUCAGAUCCUCUCUCGUUUUGUUCCCUCCUUCAAAUCCUCUCUCUUUCUUCCUCCUUUUGUUCCUCUCUCUUCAUGUUCCCUCCUUCUCUCCUCUCUCGUUUGUUCCCUCCUUCAAAUCCUCUCUCGUAAUGUUCCCUCCUUCAAAUCCUCUCUCGUAAUGUUCCCUCCUUCAAAUCCUCUCUCGUUUUGUUCCCUCCUUCAAAUCCUCUCUGUAAUGUUCCCUCCUUCAAAUCCUCUCUCGUAA